CAUUGAUUGACAUUAAUCGUAUGAUAAAGAAUCUCAUAACGAUGAAAAUUUGAUCAACUUUCGCAAUAGAUCAUAGAAAAAUUUGGUGCCAGUCAACGUGUUAACUUUAUAUAAAAAUUCUAAAGAUCGUAAUCCAUAUAUUUAGAUGAGUACGAUAGGCAGUCAAUCGUUAGAGGUUUAUCGACAUUGCGUAGAUCUCGAUGACACCAUGGACGCAUUUUUAAUGGAUCUAUCGUCACUCGUCAGUAUCUCAAAGUUGUUGCUGACGAGACUGAAUUAUCGACAUACUCGAUCCUUGCUAUCUUCUAUCGUCGAAGAUCUCUCCAUUUUGGAAGAUUCGAAUCAAAGGGAAAUCGUGAUGAGAUAUACCACCAGAGGAAGAAUCGUUUCAGCUGCUAUACUUUAUUUGGGUUACGCAUCUGGCAUGAGCUUUGUUUUCAGAACUCUACCGCUUCAUUACGUUCUGCCGCAAAAGAUCGAUCGAAAUGAGACGUACGAUGUAAAAGUAACCAGUUAUUUCUUGUCAACUUAUUGCGUUUUCGACGAUCAAUCAGGAUUUUGGCGUGCUGCGAUCCUUCUUCUUCAAACUAUACAGAUUUUUGUUAAUGCUACCUCUCACUGUGGAAACGACGGCUUCUUUUUCGGUAUUGCGAUGCAUCUCUGCGGUCAGUUCGAAGUACUCAGGAUGAAUUUUGCCAAUUUGGGGAGCGAGGAAAAUCUUUCUUGUAAAAAGAUAGACGCACUUGUACGUAGACACUGUCAUUUGAUUCGUCUUGCUGAUAACCUGGAAGAGGCAUUUAACAUGAUAAUACUGAUACAAUUGUUGAUGAGUGCUUUACUUCUCUGCAUCGAGGGCUUUCAAAUGUUGGUCUCGCUCGAUGCAAACGACAUCAUUGCAACUACCAAACACGCUGUCCUAAUCGUCACACUACUUGUCCAAAUAUUUAUCUAUUCUUACGCAGGUGACAUGCUCGAAUCGAAAUCCGCCGAUUUAAUUCUCGGUGUUUACGAUUCUCCGUGGUACACUUUCGACACGAGUGUCGUGAAAAAUCUAGCCUUUGUCAUUUUCUAUGGUAAAAUACCGCGCCAAGUGACAGCUGGCAAAUUCGUUUCUAUGAAUUUUUUCACUUUCAAAGAAAUUAUCAAAGCUUCGGCUUCUUAUAUUUCCGUAUUGAGAGUAGCGCUAUACUUCGGUAUACUCGUUUCUAUUCUGAUGGAAAUUCGACUGAAUUGUGGCACCGUCGACGAGACUCUGGAUUUUUUUGGUUUGUCCGCGUCAUCGGUGAUCAGUCUAACCAAACUAAUAUUGAUGAAGUUACAUCAAAAGGAUUUACGGAGGAUCGUCCAGUCGGCACUGAAGGAUUGGUCCACGUUCGUCGACGGAUCUUCGGCAAAGGAUAUAAUGUUGAAAUAUACAAAUCGCGGCAAACUGGUAUGCCGUAUUCAGAUGGGUCUCGGUCUGGUUAUUAUUACAACGAUGAUACUGGAUGCUCUGCCAGCUUCGGAAUCAUCCCUUUCGGACAAUAGCACGUCUAAGGAAGAGAUCGUUAAACGAACGCCUCUUAAAAUGAUGUGCCUCUUCGGUAAUAUGUCAACGUCUACUUAUUGGACAGUUUUCGUUUUACAGGGAGUUCAACUGUUGGAUGCUGUAUUCGUCGACUGUGGGCACGACGUUUUCUUCUUCGGGAUUGCCAUGCAUAUUUGCAGUCAAUUCGAUGCACUCAAGAUAUUUUGCGACGAAUUAAACGUGGAAGACGAAGAGAAUCGUAUCGAGAAAAUCAAAGAAUUUAUCGAGAGACAUUCGCAUGUCUUGGAUCUUGCUCAUCGACUCGGGAAUACCUUCAAUUAUAUUCUUUUGGUAAUUUUAAUGGGCAAUGGGAUACAUAUAUGUUCAGCAGGGAUACAAAUGGUUGUGUUAUCGAAACAAAACGACAUAGUUUCUCUCCUUAAAGCAAUUCUUUUGUUCAACAUUCUUUUGGGACAACUUUUCCUUUACAGCUACGCUGGGGAUUAUCUGUCAUCGUUGUCCAAUAACGUCUGCCACUUAAUUUACAAUUGCCCCUGGUACGAAUUCUCACCGAGUAUUGUUCGGAAUUUAAAGUUCAUCAUUAUGAGAACGCAAAUACCAUUUCGUCUUAAAGCAGGAAGAUUUUAUGCUAUGGACAUAGAAAAUUUCAAAAAUAUCCUAAAAGCAUUUUUUUCUCUUCUUUUAUUCCGCGAUAUCAUAUCGAAAACAUUGUAUCGUGUUCUCGAAAGUCUAUCAGCAAAAAUGGAUAUGGAAGACGUUGUCUGGAAUACUGACGCCACGUAUGCUCUAGGAACGUAUAAAUUUAUAACUUGGACUACUGGCACAUGGCCUCUACAGGAUGAAGGAAUAUUCGCGAUGAUUCGCUUCACUAUUGCCUUCAUCUUGGAGUUUAGCUUACUCGCUUCCGUUCUGUUGGAAAUUCGGCUGAACUGCGGCAACACGGACAAGACGUUGGAGUUCUUUGGAUUGACAGCAGGAAUGACAACGGGCCUAACAAAAUUAAUUUUCGUCAAGUUACACCAAGAAGAUUUACGGAAGAUCCUUCUAUCGGCAAUUAAGGACUGGUCCUCGAUCGCAAAAGAUUCUUCGGCAAAGGAGAUAAUAUGGAAAUAUACCCAUCGGGGUAAGAUGGUAUGCCGCGUUCAAAUGAGCUUGGGUCUGUUAAUCAUUGCAUCAAUGAUAAUGGAUGCUGUGCCAACAUCAGACUUCUCCCAGCAGGACAAUAUCACUUCGAGCGAAGAGAACCUUAGACAGAUCCCACUCCGGACUACGUGUCUUUUCGGCAACAUGUCAACGUCUACUUAUUGGACAGUUUUCGUUUUACAGGGAGUCCAGUUAUUGAAUUCCAUAGCUGUUAAUAUGGGAAACGAUGUCUUCUUUUUUGCGAUUGCCAUGCAUAUUUGUGGUCAACUCGACGCACUCAGAAUUUUUUGCGAUGAUUUCAAAGCGAACGACGAGAAGGACCGAGUUCUGAAGAUUGAAAAAUUUGUUCGUAGACACUCCCAUCUUUUGGAACUUGCUCAACGACUCGAAAACACCUUCGCUAAUAUUCUUUUAGUGAAUUUAAUGACCGAUGGAUUGCACACUUGUUUAGCAGGAGUACAAAUCCUUGCUAUAUCCAAUAAAAUCGACAUUGUUCCUCUCACCAAAGUGAGCUCUGUGAUCGUCAUCAUCUUGGCACAGCUCUUUUUAUAUAGUUAUGCAGGUGAUUACCUGUCAUCGUUAUUCCAGGAUAUUUGCCAAGUGAUUUAUAAUUGUCCAUGGUAUGAAUUCUCACCGAACAACGUUCGAAAUUUGAUGUUUAUAAUUAUGAGAACGCAUGUACCAUUUCAUCUUACGGCGGGAAGAUUCUAUACCAUGGACAUUGAGAAUUUCAAGAACAUUGUGAAAACAUCCUUUUCCUUCUUUUCUCUCUUACGAAUUGUAUUUUCAGAGUGAACGCUACAACGAUGUGAGUAAUAAAAUGUUGUUCUUCACAUCUUGAUUAAUAGUUGUAAUUUAAGUCGUGUCUUGGAUUGCAUUUCUUUUUUUUUCCUUUAUAAACUUACCGCUAUCAACGCUCGUAGCUGGCAGACUCCUCCAAUGAAAAUUAGUAUGUCCAGUCAAGUCGAUGGAAAGCAUCUUACACGUUCGACAUUUGUAUCAGUGAUUAGGAAUGAGAAAAAUAUAUCUACAAUUGUAGAGUACAUUGCAAGAAAAAUAUAUUUCCUUAUCUUCAUAUUACUCGAGAAAAUACGAUAAAAAUGUUACUUAGGAAAACCUUCAUAGUAUCCGCAGGCAUUGAA